ACUACUCCAUGUGGUUUGCACAAACGGACUCGAAAAGCGUAUUCGCAGAAAGCGUAUUGGUGAGGCGGAGGAGUAGAGGAGGAGAUCGAGAUGGCGUCGUCGGCGACGGAGACGGAGACGGUGAGGGCGUUGCACAUCCUGAUCAAGCACGAGGGCUCCCGCCGCAAGGCCUCCUGGAAGGAUCCCGACGGCCGCGUCAUCUCCGCUACCACGCGCGCCGACGCCGCCGCGCGCCUCGCCGACCUCCGCGACCAGAUCCUCUCCGGCCGCGCCAACUUCGCCGACCUCGCCGCCCGCCACUCCGACUGCUCCUCCGCGCGCCGUGGCGGCGACCUGGGCACUUUUGGGAGGAGGCAGAUGCAGAAACCCUUCGAAGAUGCGACAUUUGCUCUCAAGGUUGGUGAGAUGAGUGACACUGUGGACACUGACAGUGGUGUUCACAUCAUCCUGCGCACUGCUUAAGAUGCUGAUAUCGAUCGUCAGCUGGUUGGCUUCCAAAUGUUAUUUUCUGGUAGCCUAAAACUUCAAAUCAAAAUGAACCCUGUAACGAAUAUGAUAUGUUCCGCGACCCGCUUUUGUUUCGACAUUUGAGCACAUGGUAUGGCAUGUUUCCGUGAUGAACAUUUUAAUCUCCUAUUGCUCCGUUUUCUAGCGAUUGUUCAUUUGUUUUCAA